GCUUCUGCACCCUGCGCGCGCCCGGAGCCCUGCACGCCAUUCGGAGGACCCCACCGGCGGGCGCCCAGGCUCGGCCAACUCAGUGUGGAGAGAUGCCAAAGUUGCAAGGCUUCGAGUUCUGGAGCCGCACCCUGGGGGGUGCCCGCCACAUAGUGGCCCCCAUGGUGGACCAGAGCGAGCUGGCUUGGAGGCUGCUGAGUCGCCGCCACGGGGCCCAGCUGUGCUACACACCCAUGCUGCACGCUCAGGUCUUUGUCCGCGAUGCCAACUACCGAAAGGAGAACCUGUACUGCGAGGUGUGCCCCGAGGACCGGCCCCUCAUCGUGCAGUUCUGUGCCAACGACCCGGAGGUGUUUGUCCAGGCGGGACUCCUGGCGCAGGACUGCUGCGAUGCCAUCGACCUGAAUCUGGGCUGCCCACAAAUGAUCGCAAAGCGGGGUCACUAUGGAGCUUUCCUGCAGGAGGAGUGGGACCUGCUCCAGAGGAUGAUUCAGCUGGCCCACGAGAAGCUCUCUGUCCCGAUUACAUGCAAGAUCCGUGUCUUCCCAGAGAUCGACAAGACGGUACGGUACGCCCAGAUGCUGGAGAAAGCUGGCUGCCAGGACUGUGCUUCUCAGCUGCACCCUGGCCUGACCCCAGAGCACCGGCUGGCCCCGUGUGCAGCCCAGGGGCGCCCUGCCCCGGAUCUGCUGCUGACGGUACACGGGCGCACGAAGGAGCAGAAGGGGCCCCUCUCGGGUGCUGCGUCCUGGGAGCACAUCAGGGCCGUGCGGAGGGCUGUGUCCAUCCCCGUGUUCGCCAAUGGGAACAUCCAGUGCCUGCGAGACGUGGAACGCUGUAUCCGGGACACAGGCGUGCAGGGGGUCAUGAGUGCAGAGGGCAACCUGCACAACCCUGCGCUGUUCGAGGGCCGCAGCCCUGCCGUGUGGGAGCUGGCCGAGGAGUACCUGGACCUCGUGCGCCAGCACCCCUGCCCCCUGUCCUGUGUCCGCGCCCAUCUCUUCAAGCUGUGGCACCACACGCUGCAGGUGCACCAGCAGCUUCGAGAGGAGCUCGCCAAAGUGAAGACCCUGGAGGGCAUCGCUGCCGUGAGCCAGGAGCUGAAGCUGCGGUGUCAGGAGGACAUGUGCAGGCAGGAGGGGGAGGAGCCCUCGGGGGGCUUGCCUUUCUUCCACUGGAUCUGCCAGCCCUACUUCCGGCCGGGGCCCAAGGAGGCAAGCCAGGAGAGCACAGGCCCCCGCAGCAAGCGGGCCCUGGAGGAAGAGGAGGGUGGUGCGGACACGCUGUCCAAGAACAAGCAGAAGAAGCAGCUGCGGAACCCCCACAAGACCUUCGACCCCUCGCUGAAGCCAAAAUAUGCGAAAUGUGACCAGUGUGGAAACCCAAAGGGCAACAGAUGUGUGUUCAACCUGUGCCGUGGCUGCUGCAAGAAGCGUGCUUUCAGAGAGACCGCAGACUGCCAAGGUCACGGACUGCUCUUUAAAACCAAACUGGAGAAGUCUCUGGCCUGGAAGGCAGCCCAGCCCCGGCUGCAGGAGCCACAGCCAGCAGGGCCUGGGGACCCAGGUGGCUUCCCUGAGGUUGUGGGCAGUGCCCUGGCCUGAAGGGCCAGUGGAGGCCAAUGCACCGCCCCUCCAAGUCCCCUUAAGGACACAUCUUCACUCAGGGAACCUCCGGCUCUUGGACAUGGAAGGACGAGCUCACGGUCCCCUCAGUCCUGGGGCCCAGAGCUGCACCGUGAGCAUGGCCCCAGGCUGGACCUGCCCCGUCCUUGCAACCGUGCGCACUCAAACUGGACAAUAAAUCUCCGAAGACA